CCCGGGCUGGCUGGGCUGGCCUCUCCGCACGGCGUGCUGGGCUACGUCACCGACGCCAUGCACUACUUGACGGCCGUGGCGUCCAGCCUCGUCACCGCCAGCACCGAGGACGCCGGCCCCGGGGCGCUGCCGCCGCUGCCGCCGCUGCCGGAGCACCUCCCCGACGAAGUGGUGGUGGCGGACCCGGAGCUGCGAAGGCACCCCGCCAAGUUCAAGUACACCGUGGAGGAGCUGCUGCACGCGCGCUUCGACCGCAAGGUGUCCAGCGACAUCGACAUUGACCCCUGCAAAGGCGUGGGGUUCCAGGGCGACAUCGCGCUGCCCAACGUACAGUACGAGCUGGAGUACCACCUGCAGAAGCAGAACCGCUCGGAGCAGGACGCCGAGGAGGUGCGCAAGCUGGCGCUGCUGGAGGGGCUGCAGGUGGAGGAGGAGGGCCUGCCCGAGUUCCGCAAGAAGCAAGAGUCGUCGUCGGGCCACGGCACCGCGUCGUCGGGCGGCUCCGGGCCGCUCGUGCCCCUCAGCGUCCACGGCCCCCUGGUGCACAACGGGCGCGUGGUGCAGCCGGGCGAGCUGGCCGUCCUGCUCGGCCACCACGUCCACAACGGCGAGGUGGUGCCCCGCGGCUCCUCCAUGGUGUACGCCACGGACGACGGCAGCGAGCUGGAGCGCCACCGCAAGACGACGCUGCUGCAGCAGCGCGCGCACUUCUACCGCAAGAAGGGCCAGGGUGACGACGACGAGGACAACGAGGACCGUGACGCCGACGACAUCAUGAUCGAGGAGGCAGUCGUGGCCAGCUUCCCGUCUGACAGCCCCGCGCCGGCAGUGCCCGAUGCCACCGCCAAGCCAGUCUCGGCCAAGGCGAAGAAGAAGCAGAAGGCGGUGACCACCACCACGCCGACCUCGGUGGAGACCAACAGGAACAAAACGACCGGCAGGAAGCACCACAAGAAGAGUCGCACCACGACCGUGGCCACCGGGACCUCCACCGAGGCCGUGAGCACCACCCCGGCGGCCUCGGCGGCCACCUCUACACGCCCCCCGCGCUCCAGAGGCAAGGGCAAGCAGGGCAAGGGCCGCAAGAAGGAGCCGCCACCGCGCCGCGUCCACGACGACGACGACGACGACGUUGGCACCAGCGCCAUCGAGGACCUCGCCGAGCAGCUGGAGGCCAAAGUGACGCCUCGGCCGAGGAAGCAGCGCGGCCGCAAGCGACUGCGCCACCGCCCCGAUGGCUCGCCCAGCGGCCAGGCCGAGGGCCAGGCCGCCGACGGCAGCACCAGCACCGCCCUGGAGGUCGCGAACCGCGCGGAACAGCCACGCAGCCGUGCGCCGCGCGCUGCCACCGCCCGGAAGGAGCGCAUCUGGGACCACGGCGUCAUCCCCUACGAGAUCGACCACAUGUUCGGCGGCUCCCUCAAGGCGCUCUUCAAGCAGGCCAUGCGGCACUGGGAGAACUCGACGUGCGUCAAGUUCGUGGAGCGCGUCCCCGAAGAGCAUCCCAACUACAUCCUGUUCACGGAGCGGCCCUGCGGCUGCUGCUCCUUCGUCGGCAAGCGAGGCAACGGCCCUCAGGCCAUCUCCAUCGGCAAGAACUGCGACAAGUUCGGCAUCGUGGUGCACGAGCUUGGCCACGUGGUGGGCUUCUGGCACGAGCACACGCGCCCCGACCGCGACCGCCACGUGCAGAUCGUGCGCGACAACAUCCUGGCCGGCCAGGAGUACAACUUCAACAAGCUGACGAGCGAGGAGGUGAACUCGCUGGGGCUGCCCUACGACUACGACUCCAUCAUGCACUACGCGCGCAACACCUUCUCCAAGGGCACCUACCUGGACACCAUCCACCCCAUCGACUCGAUCCGCGGCAAGCGCAAGCACGAGAUCGGGCAGCGCAUCCGCCUCAGCGAGGGCGACAUCGCGCAGACCAACCUACUGUACAAGUGCAUGCGCUGCGGACGCACCCACCAGGAGAACUCGGGCCUGAUCCAGUCGCCGCGGGGGUCGACGAGCAGCGAGCGCUGCGAGUGGCGCGUCACGGCCACGCACGGCGAGCGCAUCGUGCUCAACAUCACGCAGCUGGACGUGCACGAGUCGGAGCACUGCAAGUACGACUACCUGGAGAUCCGCGACGGCUACUGGUACCGCGCGCCGCUGCUCGGUCGCUUCUGCGGCAAGAAGACGCCGGACGUGAUCACGUCGACGGGGAGCAGACUCCUCAUCACGUACAUCACGUCGUCCAAGCAGGUGGGCCACCUGGGCUUCACCGCCAUGUACGAGGCGGUGUGCGGCGGCGACGUGUUCAUCGACGCCACGGGCAACCUGGAGGCGCCCAACUUCCCCGACGACUACCUGCCCAACAAGGAGUGCGUCUGGCGGCUCACCGCGCCCCCAGACUUCCAGGUGGCCCUCGUGUUCCAGACCUUCGAGGUGGAGAACCACGACAGCUGCUUCUACGACUACGUGGCGGUGUACGACGGCAACAGCACGGACGCCCCGCUCAUCGGCCUGUUCUGCGGCAUGAACAUCCCGCCCGAGGUGCACUCCACGGGCAACCAGCUGCUCGUCAAGUUCGUGUCGGACGGGUCGGUGCAGAAGGGCGGCUUCUCGGCCACGUACCUCAAGGAGUUCGACGAGUGCACGCGCUCGGACCACGGCUGCGAACACAAGUGCGUCAACACGCUGGGAGGCUACGAGUGCAAGUGUGACAUAGGCUACGAGUUGCACUCGGACAACAAAAAGUGCGAAGACGCAUGCGGUGGGAUGCUAGACACGAGCAACGGCACCAUCACCUCGCCGUCAUUCCCCGAGUUUUACCCAGCGAACAAGAGGUGCACGUGGGAAAUAAUCGCUGAGGCCCACCAUCGCAUCACCCUCAACUUCACCCAUUUUGAUUUGGAAGGAAAUAAUCUGGAAUGUGAAUAUGACAGAGUUGUAGUGUACCACAAACGAUCGGGGGGUCAACUAAAGAAGCAAGGUUCUUAUUGUGGUCCUCACCCGCCACCAUUGAUCACCUCAGAGGGAAAUGCACUUAGAAUUGAGUUCUACUCAGACCUUUCCGUUCAAAAAUCAGGCUUUGCUGCUGUUUUUCUCACAGAUUUGGAUGAGUGUGCGAAAAAUAAUGGAGGGUGCCAGCAUGAAUGCAGGAACACACUUGGAUCUUAUGUGUGCUCUUGCCAUAAUGGGUUUGCCCUUCAUGAGAAUGGUCAUGACUGCAAAGAAGGGGGCUGCAAAUAUGAGAUCUCUGCUCCACAUGGCACUGUGUCGUCUCCCAACUACCCGGACUACUAUCCAUCACGCAAAGAUUGCAUUUGGCAUUUUACAACUACCCCAGGGCAUCGUAUCAAAUUGGUAUUUUCUGAGUUUGAAAUGGAACCACACCAAGAGUGUGCUUAUGACCACAUUGUUAUUUAUGAUGGAGACUCAACCGAUGCUCACACUCUUGGACGUUUCUGUGGGUCCAAGGUCCCUCAUCACAUCAUCGCAACAAGCAAUCAAAUGUACAUGGUCUUUAAGUCAGAUGCAUCUGUUCAACGAAAAGGUUUCUUUGCUACUCAUUCCACAGUUUGUGGUGGCCACCUCAUGGCAACACAGCGUGUCCAACACUUGUACUCCCAUGCACGAUUUGGUGAUCACAAUUAUGAUAACAAUGCUGACUGCGAGUGGACUAUUGGGUCAGCACCUGGUGCUCCACUGUACAUACAACUGACCUUCUUAACUUUUGAAGUUGAACCUGAAAAUGAUUGCUCUUAUGACUACGUUGAGGUUUUCAACAGCGUUGAUGCCAUAGGGUCUUCUUUAGGAAAAUUCUGUAGCUACAGUAAUCCCAGUGAGCUGAGAGGCGAAGAAGAACUUCUUGUACGUUUCCGUUCUGAUGACAGUAUUGUGUCGAAAGGAUUCUCUGCAGCAUACAUAGCUGUUGAUUUUUCCGACUUAGACGAAGAUUCAAGACUAACAGAUGAGGACGAGGCUAAAUGAGGAAGGCCUUCACCUCCUCUUACAGAGUUUCUCAGCCGAGGAGGUGAAUCACGGGGCAUUGCUAUGCAUACUAAGAAAUGUUACUAUGAUGAGCGAGGCCAGUACCUUUGCUUCUAUGACGAAAAGGAGACAAGACAGCUCUCAGCAAAAGAAAUUAAAAAUGCUCGAAAGGAACGAUUGGAACAUCUUAUUCGACAAGAGCGCCGAGAGCGUCGGCAGCGUCACAAGAAGUUAAGAGCCGGGAGAAAACCUUCAAGACCUACACCUGUGCCUUACAAGGGAAAUGAGAAGUCCUAGUGAGCCAAUAUUUGUUCCAGUCACAAAUGUGUUGAAUGACCAGCAGGUGUGCUGCGAGAACUAGACAAGAACAAGACUAGAAAUCUAGUUAUAGUAGACUCUUCUUAAAAGAAGUGAAAAUAUGUUAGGAAGGUACUACAUGCACCCAUUAAUUCAUCAAUCUCAUAAGUGUACAUAACUGAUAAACAACAUCUGUAUAAAAAUAUGUUUAUGAUAAGUCCUAUUUAUAGUGUAUAGAAUGCCGUUGGAAACUUGAAGACUAUUGUAUGUAUCUCAUUAUCAUAAUAUCAGAUGUCAGGCAAAGAGCAGUUUACCAGUAAGUUUCAGGAUUUAAAAUGUUACACUUUAGUAGUUUAGAAAGUUGCUAAGUUAUGGUGUAUGACUUAAAAAUUCGACUUAUUGCUGUUAUAGUGAUUUCUUAUGUAGUCCAUUUGAUUAUGGCUUUUAAGGGAACCUGUAAAAUAUUAUGUGACGAGUUUGGGCCACAAAUUUUCCUACUUACUCCUCAUCUUUCCAGAAACAAAAAUAAACUCAAUUUGUCGUGAAAAAGAAGUUUGUUUUGGGAAUAUGUUUGAUCAGUUUUAACUUCAAAACACUGGCACAAACAUGUAAGACAUCAAAUAUGGUUUUUGUAUUGUACAUUUCUAGACCCUCUCCUUUAGGAUCUGUCCAAAAAAUUGUACUAAUAUCGGAAUUGUUGUGUCCAACACAUAUUAAUGCUUGUUCUUUAAUCUCAUCAUAGUCUAGAAGAUCUCGUUAUCUGUAUUUUCUCAUGUCAUAACAUGCAGCUUUAAGUUGAAAUUGUAAGUAUUAUUAAGUUUUAUAGCAUUCUGAUCAAUGACAAUAAUGUGAAAACAUAAAUUCCUAAAUUGUAGUCAGUUUGUGUUGGUAUGAAGGACUGCAAGGUACCAAUACUAUUUUAUCUGGUUCCUACCAACUUUCAAAAUAAUAAACAGAUUAAAAAAAAAAAAAGGAGAAAGACUGCCACUGCCAUUCUUGAUUUUAAAAGACAGAUCAUAGUCAUCAGUAAGAUGAAAUAACACUGGCUUAGCAAGAUAGUUUUGAAAGAAGACGGAUAUGAAUUUUAAAGAGAACUUCAUACCCAUUAUUUAGAUAGGUGUGUAAUCAAGUAAAAAUAAAGUAUUAAUAUGAUUAAGACCUUUAUUGUAACUUUUGUAUACCUCCCAAUUCAAGAGCUUCCUUUAUGUCAUAAAUAAAAUAGUUUUCAUUUAAAACUC